GCACCAACUUCCCGUCGUUCGUUGCCAACCAUCCUGUCCGUGAACCGUCAUUUCCACUUCGGAUUAUCCCACCAACUGUUUGACUCACCACCGAGCACUACAUAUUACAGGAAACGAACACCAUCAUCCAUUGCAUCCCUAUUCGCCACGCAAUCGGCAUCGUCAAUUGCCGCGUUUAUCCAGCAUUUCCUCUAAAAGCACAUCUCAGCAACAUCACUACGAGACACACAUCCAGAUCAGAUCACAUUCACCCAGACCAUGUCACAGCCCCCGAGUAGAGGACGAUUGGCACCGCGGGGCGGCCGCCGCCCUGCCGCCGCCGCCGAGACCCCCGCCUCAGGAUCGUCAGCCACCCCAGCAGCCACGCCCGCGCCGACUUCAGCAGCAGCCUCGACAUCAACAUCGUCAGCGGCGACCCCAGCAGCUUCGUCGGCCGCCAAGCCGGGCCUCAAGUUCAAACCUAAGGCCGUUAGAAGAGGCGAGGCAGAGAGACAGCGCAUUGCAGAGGAACAGCAGAGGUUACAGGACAUCCGAAAUGAACAAGAGAGCAGACGAUUAGCCCGGGCGAACCGCGGGCGCGGAAGAGGCGGUGGACGUGGGCGCGGGCGAGGUAACUUCCUUAUGAGGGGAGGCCGCACCGCGAGUGCUGCUGGCCCCUUGUCUGGAGGCAUGGGUUAUGGAGGAGGCUCUUCUGGUGGUUCCGGCGCGGAUGGUUUCGGAACAUCCAAUGGUUUCGACGCGAACAGAAUCAACGCCGACAUGCUUUACAGCCUCAGCCUCGAAGACGAAGAGGAGAAGCUCGAGAACGGCUUGGUCCGGACGAAGAAGAAGAGGGCUCCGAUGCCCAUGGGUAUCAGGAGAUUCGAGCACGAGGAAGAGGAGGUUGUUAUGGCCACUGCUGCGGAAAUUGAAGCUCAGGACGCCGGCGUCGAUGUGGCCGCUGGCGAUGACGACGACGACGACAGCUCAGAUCUCUUUGUCGACAACGGAGAAGGACCAGUACAGAUCAAGGAUGAAGGAGCGGUGGACACCGCGGUACCAAAGGCCGUCAUUAAGAAGGAGGGCGGUGAGAUGGAGGACGUCAAUAUGGAGAGCAUCCCAGAAGGAGUCAUCAAGGCUCCCGAGUCGCCAGAGCUCAAGAAGAAGGUUAUGGCCACUACAAAGGAAGCAGAAAAGCCAAAGGAGAAGAAGCCCAAGAAGCCCAAGGAAACAGAGGCAGAUUUUGCCCAGCAAGACCGGGAGCGUUUGGUCGAGCUCUUCAACCACGGCACUGAGCUCGAAGGGCACAUGUUCCUCUUCCAGCUUCCCGUCGUGCUCCCGCCGCUCAAAAGCGCAGCGCCAGCUCCCAAGGUCAAGCCGGAACCGGAAGGUGACGAUGUUGUUAUGCUAGAUCAGCCGGCUGCGCCAAAGUCGUCCUCUCGUAUUGACUUGACAUCGGAGGAGGCGAGCAAGGUCAAGAAGGAGAAUGGAGAGGAGGCAGAUGCAGACGGAGAGCAAGAUAUGACUCACGAAGGCGGUUACGUUGGUCAGCUGGUUGUGCGAAAGUCUGGCAAGGUCGAAGUCAGCUGGGGUGGCCUCCCUCUACAGAUGGGCUUGGGUAUCCAGGCCAACUUCUUGUCGACGGCGGUUAUCAUCAAGGAGGACGACGUGAAGCCGACACAAGAUCAGUACACGGGAGCCGCCUACGGUAUGGGCAGAAUCCAGGGCUCCUUUGUUUUGGCGCACACAUUCGGAGAUGAAGAAGAAUGGGUUGUUGAUCCGAGCGAGCUCGUCAUGGCCGAUGAGGAGCAGUGAACGGGACUAGCAAAGGCGUCCCGAGGACUGCCCAUUAGCGAAGCUCAUGGUAGAUGGAGCCAAUUACAUUGCAUCACAUCCGGAGGGGGGCAGCGAAAUCAGACAGGAAUUUGAUACCCAUUAAGAACAAGACUACAGAAUAUGCAAAUGAAGGUG